GUCUUCCUGUAGACCAAUUCCCCCUUUUUCCCAGUAAUAACCACCACCUCUUUAUUUUAUUCAAUUCAUUCAUUUUUGUACCCUUUUCAUCCAACAUGCCAUACCAUACAUACAUACCAUUACCAUACCAUACCAUACCAUACAUAUAUAUAUAUAUAUAUAUAUAUAUUUGUUGGCGAUCUUCAAUUUCUCUCCAUUAUUGGGCUAUGGAGGUAAAUCCGGGCAUGGAGGAGGCCCUUUCUUUGAUUCUUCGAGGGUGUUCCUUGGCCAGAGAUUUUGAAUCCAAUCCUUUAAAUUUCCGCAAUAAUAUUAAUUUCCUCGCUCGUUUUUGUGAUGAGAUUUUGGGUGUUUUCUCCGCCGCCAAGGAGCGCCUCAGUCGCCCUCAAAACGAGUGCCUCAGGACCAGUACCUCCCAAUCUAUGGACUUGCCGCGGAUUCAGAUCAGGCCGCCGCCGCCGCCGUUCGACGAUUCCGGGAAUCUACCGCCAAUGGGUUUUGGUUCUUCUUCUUCUUCUUAUUCUUCUUAUUCUUCUUAUUCUUCUUAUUCUUCCACGUCAACCAAGGCUCGAAGACGAAAAGAUGGAAUGGCGAAGAGGACGGUGAGAGUGGCGGCGCCGCGCAUCGGAAACACAGAGCUACCACCGGACGACGGCUUCACAUGGCGGAAAUAUGGACAGAAGGAGAUUCUUGGCUCCAGGUUUCCCAGAGGCUACUUCAGAUGCACCCACCAGAAGCUCUACCACUGCCCAGCCAAGAAGCACGUGCAGCGCCUCGAUCACGAUCCCCACACGUUCGAAGUCGCCUACCUUGGUGACCACACGUGCCACAUGUCCGCCACCGCCCCCUCCGCUCCACCACCGCCAUCGACGCUGCCGGAAGUCGCCGGGCUACACAUGACCCAGUUUCCUCCCUCCUCUGCCGGAUGGCUUUCGAUGGAGUACGGGGGUCCGGCUACCGUCCGGUCCAGCAAAGACGUCGGCGAUCAGUUUCCGGUGUUGGACAUGGUGGACGCCAUGUUCAACUCCGGCACCGGCAGCAGUAAUAGUGUAGACUCCAUCUUCGGCGCUAAUGUGGGGGAAGAACAACAUCAGCAUCACAAGUGGGAGAAAGACAACAAGAAGAAUUAGUACAAUUAUUAUUUUUCAAAUUACAAUUUUUGCUCUCUCAUAUUUUGUUUUUAAAUA